CUCAUCUCCAUUUCUCCUCCAUUCUCAUAAUCGCAUUCUCUCUCUAAAAUCUCCGAACAAACUUCGGAGUCCCCAAAAACCCUUUCUUAAAUCCUCAGAUCUUCGUUCUUCGAUCUCGCAUUUGCUCAUUCUAGUUGUACGAGUCUUUUGAUUCAAAUGUCUGGUGUGAGAUGAAGGACAAAAGAAGAAGUUGGUCUUUCUUUUACUUUACCUUCCUUUUGAUUUCUUCCUUGCUUGCGUUUUCCUCGUCGGUGGUUGUCGGGUUUGAGGUUUCCCACAAUGGGCCGCUGUCGGACGCCGAGGUUCAUUACAUCCAGCGCCGGCAGUUACUGUACUACCGCGACGAGUUCGGCGACCGCGGCGAGGAGAUAACGGUCGACCCGUCUCUGCGGUUCGAGAAUCCGAGGAUCCGAAAUGCUUACAUUGCUUUACAAGCAUGGAAGCAAGCCAUUAUCUCAGAUCCGCGCAACUUUACUGCGGAUUGGGUCGGGUCGGACGUGUGUAACUACUCCAACGUAUUUUGCGAUCGGCCGCCGGAAAACCGCAAGAUCCGGACGGUCGCCAGCAUUGACCUCAACCACGGCGACAUUGCCGGAUUCCUGCCGGAGGAGCUCGGCCUGCUGGCGGAUCUCGCGGUUUUCCACCUCAACUCGAACCGGUUCUGCGGGACGAUCCCGAAGAAAUUCAAGAAUUUGAAGCGGCUGUACGAGCUGGACGUGAGUAACAACCGGUUCGCCGGGAAGUUCCCUCACGUGGUUCUCAGCUUGCCGCAACUGAUCUAUUUGGACAUCCGGUUCAAUGAGUUCGAGGGGACGGUUCCCCCGGCCCUGUUUGACAAGCCGCUGGAUGCGAUUUUCAUAAACCAUAACCGGUUCGCCUUCGAAUUGCCGGAUAAUUUUGGGAAUUCGCCGGUGUCGGUGAUUGUGGUGGCGAAUAAUAAGUUCCACGGGUGUUUGCCGGCGAGCAUUGGGAAUAUGACUAAUCUGAAUGAGAUUAUAUUGAUGAACAAUGACUUAAUGUCGUGUCUUCCGCCGGGAAUCGGGCGGCUGAAAAACUUGACGGUGUUCGACGUGAGCUUCAACAAGCUGUUGGGGCCGUUGCCGGAGAAGAUCGGCGAGAUGGUUAGCUUGGAGCAGCUGAAUGUGGGUCAUAAUAUGCUUUCCGGGACAAUUCCGAAGAGUAUAUGUAAGCUUCCUAAGCUUGAGAAUUUUACGUUUUCAUAUAACUUCUUUACCGGUGAGCCGCCGGCUUGUUUGGCGUUGCCCAAGAUUGAUGAUCGCCGGAAUUGCUUGCCGAGUAGGCCGGAACAACGGUCUGCAGCGCAGUGUAAGGCGUUUUCGGGUAAGAGAAUUAGUUGUAGUGCUUUUAAAUGUCAAAAGUUUACUCCUUCUCUGCCUUCGCCUCCUCUGCCGUCACCUCCUUUGCCCGCUCCUCCGCCGCCGGUUUCUGUUCCGGUGUCUCCGCCUUCUCCCGGUUUUUCACCUCCACCUGUCUUUACACCUCCGCCAUCUCCGGGUUUUUCGCCACCUCCUAUCUUCACACCUCCGCCUUCUCCUGGAUUUUCACCUCCACCUGUCUUUACACCUCCGCCAUCUCCGGGUUCCAAUCCACCUUCACAUUCACCUCCAUCAUCACCUUCACCUCCGCCGCCGGUGGUUCAUUCUCCGCCGCCUCCACCACCGCCAUCUCCUUCGCCGCCGCCGCCACCGGUUUAUUCUCCGCCACCUCCACCACCGCCGUCACCCUCACCCCCACCACCACCGGUUUAUUCCCCUCCACCUCCCCCACCUUCACCACCGCCACCGGUUUACUCACCGCCUCCACCCCCUCCAUCACCGCCGCCACCAGUUCAGUCGCCGCCGCCUCCACAAACUCCGCCGCAGCCAUCGCCUACUCCGCCUUAUUGCGUACACUCACCACCACCUCCGCCGCCAGCAUCUUCUCCUCCUCCGCCACCAAAUUCGCCACCUCCUCCGCCACAUUCUCCUCCACCACCACUAUAUAUCUACGCCUCCCCACCGCCCCCUCCUAUCCACUCUUCACCUCCCCCACCUCAUUCUCCACCACCACCAUCCCCUCUCCCUUGCAUAGAGACUCCACCACCACCACCGCAUGUUUACUUGCCACCACCAUCCCCAUCUCCCCCACCCCCUCACCCAAUCCACUACAAUUCCCCGCCCCCACCGUCACCGUCGCCGCCGCCGCCGGUCCACCACCACCACUCACCUCCGCCACCAUCUCCGUCACCACCUCCACCCUCCGAACCAUGUGAACAUCCUCCACCACUACCCUCUCUCCCACCGCCGGUGGUUAUCUAUGAAAGCCCACCACCUCCCCCUCCGUUCGUAGGCCCCUUGCCUCCGGUCAUCGGCGUUUCCUACGCUUCACCUCCACCACCACCCUUCUAUUGAUUCCUCUAACCAGUCCUGGGAACUAAAAUUAUUCCUAUUUAUUUCCUCGUCUAUCUUGUGGCAAUCAUCGCCGGGAUGAGAAACACAGCCUGAUGCAUUUCAAACAAGUACUAUAUAUUGGGUAAUUGUUAAGAUUUAUCCUUCUAUUUCUUGGAAACUAUUAUGGGUAAGAUUUGCGAAGGAAAGAAAUAAAUUUGGCAUGCAGAAACAGAGAAUAGAUUUGCAGGGAAGUGUAUGUAUAGAGAGCUUAAUUCUGGGCCAGAUCCCAGUUUGCUGCUGGCAAUGGUUUCUGGAUUGUUAUUUAUCAUCUUCUUUCUUUUUGUUUUUGAUUAUCAUACUCUUGUUUCUUGAUUUUAUUCUUUUUUCUUAAAUUUAUAAUAUAAUGAUGAACAUCAUUUUACUUGUAUUGAUUCCUGGAAUGGAAUGAAUUCAUGUCAUUCCUUUGAUUUCCCA